UCUGCCAUUGCGCCCGCCGCUCACACCUCCCCCUCAGCCGGGCUGCGCGCGGCGGAGCAGCGGUACCGCCAUGGAGGCCGUUCCACAGACACCGACACGGCCCGGCGGGGCUGCCGCUGCUCCUGCUGCUGCCGCCGCACCUCCCCCGCCGCCGCCGGAGCAGGAACGGAAGCUGGAACAGGAGAAACUGUCGGGGGUGGUCAAGAGCGUCCACCGGCGGCUGCGCAAGAAGUACCGGGAAGUGGGAGACUUUGAUAAGAUCUGGCGUGAGCACUGUGAGGAUGAGGAAACUCUGUGUGAAUAUGCUGUGGCAAUGAAAAACCUUGCAGAUAAUCACUGGGCGAAAACUUGCGAAGGGGAAGGCCGCAUUGAAUGGUGCUGCAGUGUAUGUCGAGAGUAUUUUCAGAAUGGUGGGAAAAGAAAAGCACUUGAGAAAGAUGAAAAAAGAGCACUUCUUGAUUCUAAGACCACUCCAGCUUUAAAUGUUCCCCAGACACCCAAGAUUGAAGAACCCUUGCCUUUGUCAAACUUUGGCUUGACAAAUCAUGAAGCUAUAACAGAGAAAUUACUCCAUUCCUUGGGGAAGAUCAGAUUACUUGAUGUUGGUAGCUGCUUUAAUCCAUUCCUGAAGUUUGAAGAAUUUCUGACAGUUGGCAUAGAUAUUGUUCCAGCUGUUGAGAGCGUAUACAAAUGUGAUUUCCUAAACCUUCAAAUUCAGCAACCUCUCCAGCUGGCACAAGACGCUAUAGACGCCUUCCUGAAGCAACUGAAAAAUCCCAUUGACUCGCUCCCUGGAGAACUGUUCCAUGUUGUUGUUUUCUCUCUUCUUCUUUCUUACUUUCCAUCACCCUAUCAGCGAUGGAUAUGCUGCAAGAAGGCCCAUGAACUGCUGGUAUUAAAUGGCUUAUUGCUUGUCAUAACUCCUGAUUCAUCUCAUCAGAAUCGCCGGGCUAUGAUGAUGAAGAGCUGGAAGAUUGCCAUAGAGUCCUUGGGUUUUAAACGCUUCAAGUAUUCCAAGUUUUCUCAUAUGCAUCUGAUGGCAUUUAGGAAAACUUCCCUGCAAACAACAAGUGACUUGGUUAGCAGGAACUACCCAGGAAUGUUGUAUAUCCCCCAGGAUUUCAACAGUAUAGAGGAUGAAGAGUAUUCCAACACCUCCUCCUAUGUCCGCUCAGAUACAGAGGAUGAACAGCUAGCCUAUGGUUUUAUGGAGCUACCUGAUGCUCCUUAUGACUCAGACUCUGGAGAAAGCCAGUCUAGUUCAAUUCCUUUCUAUGAGCUAGAAGAUCCUAUAUUGCUUCUAAGUUAAUGUAGUCAUUGAAAUGCCCUUAGGGUCAAACCUCUUGCUUAACUAAUUUUGCUAUACUAACAUGGGCUCAACACACAAAAAAAUGGUUUGCAUAAAGAAAAUGCAAAGGUUUACAGAGUUUGCUAUUUUUUUCUACUUUUGGAUUUUAAAAUUUAUUCUUGUAUGGAAGUGAAAAAAUACAAGUUUUAUGCAAAUGACUGAUGUCAUAGCAUAAAUUGCUGUUACUUUCUUUAGACUUAUAUCACUAAUUUUUUUUUUUUCAGAAAGGUACCAUUCUUUUCUUUAGUGCUGUGAAGUGUGGAUUCUAUUUAAUUUGCUACAUGUUGUUUCAAUAUUUUAACUCGGUGUGGUUGAGCUUAAGGCACUGGAGUUGGUGGGCUUCUGAGAAGUUUAUGUAGGAAGAAACAAUUUGCACUUUAAUUAAAUGUGCAGAUAGGUUAAGACACUUGGUUACACAUGUCCCUUCUUAAUUAUGGAACAAAACUUUCUUCCAGAUUUUGUUUCACUCUGGUUGAGCCUGGGCUGGAGAAAGUAAUGCUUGCACAUUUGAUUUUUGUUUAUUGCAGCCCUCUUGAGGUAACACCAAAUCAAGAUAACACCAAAACACUGGAAUAUACUCAUCCGUAGUUAUACAUGCUGUGUAAUUUCAUUGCAUAAAUAGUAGUUAGAGAGGAGAUUUCUGCAGAGGUUAUCCCUCCCCAGAGGAGUAUGGUACGUCUAGGCAAUUAUGUUUCACUUCAUAGCUGGAACAUGGUUUUGCAACUUCAUGAGUGCACAAGCACUAACAUAUAUCAGUAUUUCUGCAAUGAUGGUGUUCUGUAUUCUCUUCAAACUGUGUUUUUGGGGGGACGGGGUGGGUUUUGUCAUGUUUUAAAGUAAAUUAUUUAUGCAUUUUAAAACCAAGCUUUUUCUUUAAAUGUACUUAUUUGUAGAGUUCCCAAGUUAACACAGUAAUUACAGACCAAUUUCAUAAAAAAAAAAACCAAAACCCCAAACAUAAUUAUACAGGUUUUUCAAGGAUACACAUUUGCACAAAGAUGUGUAUUCAAAUCACACAAGUGAGGUUAACUAAUUGUUUGUUUAUUUGGACCCCAAAAUCUUCUAUUUAGUUAAAUAAAAACUCCAUAGCUGUCUGAAAACUGGUCUGCACUAUAAGGAGAUGAAACAGAAGUGUUUUACAUCUAUUAAGUUUUUUUAACUUGUGUAAUAAAUUUGUGAGGUUUUGCAGGGAAAAAAAAAGUAAUAAUAAAUCUGUUCAGUGGUAGAAAUAGGGGAUUCAGUAUUAGUUUAGCUUAGAUUUCCCUCCACUUCUAAUAAUGGCCAGAGUUGUUGGGUUCAAAUGUUAGGCUGUUAAAUCUAUCUGUAAGUGCCUAAUAAUGAUCUGAACUAGGUGCCACAUCAUGGUUUUAAGACUGACUUCAGCAAAUGGUAGAAAAGGCUAAUAUGUAGUUUUCACAGGUGGUUGGGAUAAAAUCUGUCUUACACCAUAUUAACCUACCAUGUUGUGUUGAUAAUACAGAAGUUACCAGAUAAACUUGAGUGUGGAUUUUACUGUGGUUGCUACAAAAAUGAAACUUACUCCCUCCAUUGAAGUUUUGCACUGAAAGUGUCACGGUUUUACCUGUUUUUCUUUUCUACUGUUUCCUACAGAGUCAUCCCACAUUGGUCCUGCUUACACUCAAACAUGAUCUGGACUGUAAUGCUUUAUUCUUUAGCAUAAGUUUUUUGUGUCUCUUUAAUUUAAAGCAUCCCCUAAUACCAGAUUCAAAUUUGUUACUCGGUCUGAAUGAUAUCUAUACCAAACGAUUAUAUUCUGAUCUGAAAAAAAAAAAAAACCCAAAACCAAAAAACUUACAAGUAUCAUGGUUGGCUUUCCUAAUUUUUACAGAGAAUGCUUCUCUAAUCCAAUACACAGUAGCUUCGGAAUUGGCUAUAAGUCAGUAUUUGCAUUGCCACUUCACUUUUCCAAAAAUGUUUGUCACUCAAAGCCUCUCUUCCUCCCAGUUAAACUAUUGACUCCAGCUAUGCUCACAGUAAAGCUAAAAUAUUGGUGCUAUAAAUUCAGAUGUUUAUGGAAAUGUAAUGUGUGCAUAUUUCAAAGUGUACCUAACAUUUUGACUGAUACUCCUUGUACAAAAGUCAUAUUCCAGCUAGCCUACUUGUUGGCAUUGGUUAAUGCAAACUGGUUUAUGAUUCAUUCCAAAAAGCAAUUCAGGCCAAGAUGUAUCCUUUUAAAAGAGUAACAUAUAAAAAUUAAGCCUUUUGGGCAGGUUGUGGUUUAGGGACCUGAAAUUCAUAACAGUUUGGUUUUCUUGCUGCUCAUUCUGAAUACCUGAAGUGUUCCUUUUUUUUUUUUUUUUUCUUUUUUUUCCUUUUUUUUUUUGUGAUGGAGGAGGAAAGUGUGAUUUACAGGUUUACGUAAAAUAAAGUGCUGAUGUCGGGAGUUAUUGGAUAUUUGGCUGUGCUGCCAGAAGAAUGUUUCUAGGUUAUGAAAUAUUUGAAAAUUGUGACUGCAAAAGAUCUCUUGUUCUUAAGGUGCUGGAGGGGAAAAGAAAGAAAAUGUGUAUUUGCAUUUCUGUUGUCUUUAUGUCACUACUUUUUGUGAACAAAGCACAUUUAUUAAAAAAAAAAAAAAAAGAAAACCAACUUAGAACCUUUUCUAAAAAAUUGUUUCUUUGAGUUGGAGAUGUCCUUUUUUUUUGUUUCCUGUGUAAUUCGUUAAUUCGUUUGUGCUGAAACCCAGUGAAAUCAAUGCGUACUUAUACUCCAUAUUGUCAAGAAAACAGUUAUUUGGGUUUGUUUUAUAAACAACUGAAUUACCCUAAAGAUGUUAAAUUUGGCACUUUAGCA